AUGAAGGGAAAGAGCAGUAAGAAAUGUAAAAACUUCAUCAGGGCCACAUACACCCUGAAAAGUGGAAAAAUGCUUGUGUGUGGGACCAACGCCUUCAGCCCCUCAUGUGACUACAUGACAGUCACAGAUGAAACCAUCUCCCUGGAUGGAAACCAGAUGAGUGUGAAGGGAACAAUACCGUUUGACCCCAGCGAUCGAUUCACCUCCCUGAUGAAUGACGACACCCUGUUCUCUGCCACCUCUGCAAACUUUCUGGGUACAGAAAUGGUGUUCCAGAAACAUGGACCCAUACCUGGACAGAACGCCAUCAAGACCGAAAUGAAGCAGUCUUUGCUCAGCGAACCCAACAUGAUUUCCGUCAACCUCGUUGAGGCCAGCAAGGACAGUGACAAUGGAGAAGACGACCAAGUCUUCCUGUUUUUCACUGAGAAAGCCAUGGAAGAACAGCCUGCCGACCUCCUGGUCUCCAGGGUCGCUCGUGUGUGCAAGAGUGACCUUGGAGGCAAAAAAAUUCUUCAAAAGAAGUGGUCGUCGUUUAUCAAAGCCCGGCUGGACUGUCCGUUUGGAGACUCAUCGGCCCUCGUGCAGGAUGUUUUUCUUCUAAAGAACCAAACCAACUGGAAGGACAGCAUCUUUUACGCCACGUUUACGUCCAAUCCGCAGCACUCUGGAGCCAGCAGCCAUUCUGCUGUCUGUGCUUACAGACUGUCAGACAUAAACGACGUGUUUUCCGGGAGGUUUCUGGCUGAAACCGGCACUGGAGGCUGGGUUCCAUACACCGGAGCGCUGCCGUCCCCUCGCCCUGGCUCCUGCAUUAACGAUGAAACGAGGGCUGCAGGCUUCAGCUCAUCUUUGGACCUCCCAGACGAUUACACGACGUUUGUGAUAAACCAUCCUCUGAUGGAGGGGGUCGUCACACCCAUCGGUGGAAAACCUCUGUUAGUCCAGUCAUCAAGGAAGUUUUCCAAAAUUGUGGUGGACCAAGUGACAUCCCCGAAAGGAGAGCAGCACCAGAUGCUGCUGAUCGGCACAGAGUCCGGCUGGCUGCAGAAGGCCGUGAAGCUGGACGGCGAGGAGGGACGCAUCGUGGAGGAGCUGCAGCUGUUUGAAGACCCGCUGCCUGUUGACUUCCUGCAACUGUCCACAACAGGUCAGCUGUACGGCGGCACCAGCAACGCCGUGGUGCAGGUGGACGUACGAGACUGCAGCCGCUACACGUCCUGUGACGACUGCAUCCUCGCCAGGGACCCGAACUGUGGCUGGGACCGGAUGGAAGGGAAAUCUGUCGUCCUCAUCAAGGACAGAGCUCAGUUCCUGCCGUGUCACCCUGAUACCAACCUCCCAACCAGCUGGCGCUUUGCUGACGACAUCCUCCAUCCUGGUCCUCGACUCACCCCAGUCAGCCAGGGUCUCAUCAUCACACCCUCCUCUUCAGAUGCUGGUCUUUACACCUGUGAGACGCUGCAGGACAUCGGGGGCAGAAUGCACCGAAGGACGGUCAUCCAGUACCUGGUCCAGGUUCAGGACACCUGCAACCUGGUCCCUGUUCAGGAGACCAGCACCCCGGUAGUCCCAGUUCAGGACGCCAGCACCCCGGUGGUCCCGGUUCAGGACACCAGCACCACGGUCCCGGUUCAGGACAGCAGGACCCUGGUCAGGACCCUGAAGGGGGCACUGAUCACCCUGGUGGUCUUUACAGGCGUGGUGCUGAUCUUCACUUUAGUCUUGCUCCACCACUUGAAGAGCAGAAACCAGGGUAACAGUGAAGACAGUCCCGUUUGA